AUGACAACAAUGCUCAGUGGCCAAGAGAAAUAUUCUAUAUUAUAUGUAAAUUUUGAAAUGGAUGGAGUUAAUAUGAUGGGCUAUGGCUGCUAAUCAAAUCUUUACAAUGCUGACUUGUUUUAGAAAAUAAAUCCUAGUGAUUUCUAUUUUUUCAAUUCUAAAAUUCCAUGCAACAAUGAAUCUUCUAAUAGGCUAUUAAAUCAAUUUAAUAUAAAUUCAAGUGGUGAAUUAACAGACUAAAUAAUAGAAAAUACUGAAGAUAGUUUUCAUGAAUAUAAAAGGUAUCUGGGAUAAGACAAUGAUAACUGUGUAAAUUACUAUAACUUUAGCGAAGUAAAAUUACCUAGUUGGAUGUGUAUGCCAUCUAGUACUUCAUAUGAAGAAAUGAUAUAAUUAAGGACAUGUUAUAUAAGCUCAUAUUAAAAUUAUUCGUUUGGAUCCAAGGAUAAACCUUAUUAAAAUGCAUUAGAAAGAAAACCCCUUUAAAAAGUAAGCUCGUUCAUAAUUGUUGAGUUCGAUGAUUUGGCAGUUCCUUUAAAAUACAUGAUUCCAUUGAUAAUAUGUACUUUCUACCCUUUUAUAAUAUCUACCAAUUUGCCAAUGAUUUUUAUAACUUAAUUUUUGAUCGAUAUCUAUUUGAAAUAUAGAUUUCUAAAACCAGAAUAAUAGAUAGAUCAAAAUUUAAUUUUGUAAUAGAAAAUCCAAGAAAAAUCUGAAACUGUUUUGCAAAAGUAAAUCUCUUUUUAGUCCCCAACAACAAUUCCAUCUAAGAUUUAAAACGAAGAAAGGAAUAAUUAAACAUCUUAAGAAUUAAAAAGCAUAAAAGUUGAGAAUUCUACCAAUGAAAUCAAACACCAUAUAAAAUCUCUUAGUGGUGAGGAAAUUAAAUAAAUUAAACUUAAAUUUUAAUAACAAACUUAAAAGGUAUCUAAAAAUUAUCAUAAGGCAAAUUCUGUAGAAAAUUCUAAGGAUAAUAAUUAAAAUGAUGAUAUUAAUAUUGUUGACGAGGAAUAAAAUAAGCAUAUUUCUUAAUCACAAAAUGAAACUAAAUAAAAUCAAAACUAGUAAUAAAAAGUAAAUAAAUACAAGAAUAAAAUUAAUAUUUUCUAGCAAAAUGAUAGCGAUUUAAAAAAAAUUCAAAUAGAAAAUGUGUGA